CAAAAAACGGAUUCACCCACCCACCCCUUCAAUCGACCAGCGGCAGAACAGGGAUCACACCCAUCAUCACACAGCACAGCACACAGCACAGCACAACACAACACGCUGCACCUCGUCCCCAUUUCGGGCACGUGACCUUAUUCAUUCACCCUCACCUAUCCACCAUUAUUGAAUGAACCGUCACUACUCUAGUCGACUAGGCAUCAACCAUCACAUCCACACAGAAAGGAAGGUGUCGUCGCAUCAUCACAAAAUUAAUUGAUUGAUUGAUUAUCACCAUUAUCAUCAUAUCAUCGUCGCCCAUCUCUUUCUCGCCUGUCUCAUACUCUAUAACGAAUGAUUGAAUUCAUUGUUCCCACGCCCUACUGAUGGCUGUGCCUCCCAUCCACCCAACUGCCCUCCUUUAAUUUAUAAUAACCGUAACCCGGUCGGCACCAAACUAAGCCGACCCAUCAUCAACCCAUCACAAUCAUGAGUGCCACAAGAUUGGAUCGCCUCGUGACCCUCCUCGAGACCGGCAGCACCGCAUUGAUUCGCAACACGGCUGCAGACCAACUCGCGGAUGUCCAAAAGCAACAUCCUGAUGAGCUAUUCAAUCUACUAACCCGCGUCAUUCCCUAUCUUCGGUCCAAGAGCUGGGAUACUCGUGUCGCUGCCGCCAAAGCUGUGGGCGGCAUCGUCGGUAAUGCCGAAAAGUUUGAUCCCAAUGCCGAAGACGAGCCCAUCAAGCCAGAGGCGAAAUCCGAAGCGAACGGCCAUGUCAAAUCGGAGGAUGAGACAAACGGUUCAGCCGUGAAGAAAGAGGAGAAUGGGGAUGAAACCCUGACAUCAAACGAGAAUCAGCUCGAGCUCUCUGCCCUCGAUCUGCCCUCGAUCUUGAAAUUCGGUAAAACAUUGCUGGGUAGCGCCGGUAGAGAGUACGACUACAAGAUGGCCGCUAUGGACCCCGCAGAUCGCCUCAAGCACCAGAAAAAGACACUUACUGCCCGACUUGGCCUGGGCGGUGAGUAUAUCGAAGAGGAGCUCGUCAACGAGAAUGACAUUACUGCACAAACUCCAGGACCAAAAACACCUGCAACGCAUCGCAUCGACACCAACGUUGCCCGUACUGAUAGCGUUCCAUCUGCUGUUGCAUCAUCGCCACCUCCAGGUGCCACACCUACGGGUGGCGAGCAGUCGGGCCUCAGCAAGCGACAGCUGAACAUGCUUAAGAGGAAGGCGAAGAAAGAUCUGCAUAAUAAGGCUAACAAAGUCCAAAUCGUUGACCUUGGCCCUCGUCGUCAAAACUCUCAAAAUGAGCAACCGCAGACUCCAUCAAAUUCAUCACAACCACAUGCCAUCAAACAGGAAAGCAAGCAGGAGAAUGGCGAGGAGGGCGACGGGGUUGGGGACUACUUUUCACUCGAUCGCAAGGGAGGUGACGAUGAUUCUAAGUUUGUCAAGGAGUUCAAGGGCGCGCCGAUACCAGACAAAUCGUCAUUCCAGACAGAAUCGGAGGAGGAGGGCCUCGAGUGGCCAUACGAGAGGGUGACCGAAUUCCUGACUGUGGAACUGUUCGAUCCCUCAUGGGAAGUUCGUCAUGGUGCCGCCAUGGGUCUUCGUGAAAUCCUCCGCGUUCAUGGCGGUGGCGCUGGAAGAGUGAAAAGCAAAACGCGCUCCCAGAAUGAUUUGUCCAACCAGAAGUGGCUCAAUGAUAUUGCAUGCCGAAUUUGCUGCGUCUUUAUGCUCGAUCGUUUUGCCGACUACACAUCUGACAAUGCAGUAGCGCCAAUACGUGAAACAGCAGGCCAAGCACUGGGAGCCCUGUUACAGCAUCUUUCGCGAGAGAAUGUCAUCGCCACCUUUCAUGUCCUCCACCGUCUCAUCUUCCAGCCAGGAAGCGAGGACAUGGCCAUUUGGCAAGUCUGCCAGGGCGGUAUGAUAGGUCUUCGCUACCUUGUCGCGGUACGGAACGAUCUGCUCCUAGAUGAUGCCGACUUAAUGGAUGGCGUUUUAGCGGCAGUCAUCAAGGGCCUCUCCGAUUAUGACGACGACGUCCGGGCAAUCAGCGCAGCUACUCUGAUUCCUGUCGCCAAGGAAUUUGUUGAAAUGCGACCUAAUACUCUGGAGAAUCUCAUCAACCAAGUAUGGUCGUGUCUUUCGAAUCUGCAAGACGACUUGAGUGCCAGUACUGGUUUCAUCAUGGACCUGCUCGCCAAACUUUGUAGUUUCCCCGAGGUCCUCAAAGCCAUGCAAGCCAAUGCCCGUCAUGACCCAUCGCAGUCGUUUCACGAAUUAGUACCAAGGCUCUUCCCUUUCCUACGUCACACUAUUACCAGUGUUCGCGCUGCAGUACUAAGAGCUUUGACGACUUUCCUCAACAUCCAGGACUCUGGCUCUGAUGGGUGGAUCGACAGCAAAGCCUUGCAGUUGAUUUUCCAGAACAUUCUCCUUGAACGGAAUGAGGGAGUAUUGAAGCUGUCGAUGCAAUUAUGGACUGCCGUUAUCGAUACCCUUGUUGAUGGUGAAAAUCAAUUGCCUACGCACCUCACACCAAUUCUAGGUUCAAUAAUUCCUUUAACGCUCACUCCCAUUGGUGUUCCUCGCCAUCCAAUCGCUAUGGACCCCUCUCUCCUCAUCCGCCCAUCCGGACAAGCAAUGGGCUUACCACCUAGCAUGCAACAGAGUCGAAGAUCCACACCACCUGGUUCGACCGGCGAACCGAAUGCGAAGAAGAGAAAGAAGUCGCGAAUGGGCAAGGAGGAGUCCACCCCGACACCUUCCACGCCAUCUCAUAAUGUGGAUGGCCACAUGAUCACGGGUGAUCUAGAACUCGUUGGUGCUGAAGUCAUGGUUCGUUCCAGGAUAUUUGCUGCUCAAGCUCUUGGAAAAGCCAUGGCCGUCUGGCCUGAGCAAUCACGCCUAGAGACCUUCAAGUCCAAACUACUCCCUCCACUGUCGUCAACCAAUUCUACUACCCAGUUGACGGCAGCCAUGGUCAUUGAAGAGUUCGGUAAGCUACUGGCCAGCAAGGACGCACUCUCUAGCUCCUUUGCUGAAGCCCUUGUUCCGGUUGUGGAAGGAGAGAGGCCGACCGCGUAUGAAGACCUGGUUCCCAAGCUUCUCGUCGUCCGCACACGUUGCACAGUGUUGUUGAACAUCUUCCGCGAUGCAGGUGUUACAAGUCUCCCGCAGAUUGCUGUGGUUGUGCAAGGUGAUCCUUCUGCGAGCCAGUAUGCAUUCUCUACUGCAGAUGCUGAUAAGAUCAUCGACGUUCAAUUUGAGAAAAUGAAGAAAGCUAUGAAUCCUGCCAAUCGCUUGCUUUUUAUAAAUCAAUUAGAAGCAGCGAAGCAGGAAGUAGAGACUACACUCCAGGAGGCCAAGGACAUCAAGGAAGAGCGCGACAUCAGAAUCAAGGCGGCUGCUGCAGGCGCCUUGGUUGCACUUAACUCUCCACCCAAGAAGCCCGCGUUGACUAUCAAAGCAAUGAUGGACAGUGUGAAGAAGGAGGAGAAUGUAGACCUGCAAAGACGUUCAGCUGCUGCUGUCGCCGGACUUAUUUUCCACCUCGUCAAUGCUAAGAAGCCAGUCGUUGUAAACAAGGUCGUAGGAAAUCUGGUUAAGUUCUACUGCAUGGAAACUGCAGAAACGCCAGAAUUCCACGGCCAUGCACAUAUCGAAACCGGCAUUCUCACUUUGAAGAAAGAUGAGGACAUCCGCGAUCAUCCGGAUGCUGCUAAGUUUGCAGAAGAAUCCAAGGCUGCCCGUAUUACACGUCGGGGUGCGCGUGAAGCCCUAGAGCAAGUUGCUGAGAAGUUUGGGAGCGAAGUAUUCGAAAAGGUGCCAAUUUUGAAAGAUCUGAUCGAAUCUCCCAUCAAACGUGCCUUCACCGAAGAUACACUCCCCGCCGAGAUUGCCGCUGAAGAUGGCGUCUUCGGCCAGGAAGUCGUCGACGGUCUGUCGACACUACGAGCCCUCGUCGGUAAAUUUCAUCCCGAUGUUCGCGGCUUCGUCAAGGACCUUUUACCGCUCAUCGCCAAAGCUCUACAAUCUAAACUCUACGUUCUACGCUAUGCGGCUGCUAAGUGCUUUGCCACAAUCUGUAGCGUCAUGUCUGUUGAAGGCAUCACCAUGCUUGUAGAGAAUGUCCUUCCAGGAAUCAACAACGCCGGCAACGUGCACAGCCGCCAAGGUGCGAUCGAAUGCAUUUAUCAUCUGAUCCACGUCAUGGAGGACGCCAUCCUUCCCUAUGUCAUCUUCCUCAUUACCCCAGUUUUGGGAAGGAUGAGUGAUUCUGACAAUGAUGUCCGACUCUUAGCCACCACUAGCUUCGCAACCUUAGUCAAGCUUGUUCCUCUUGAGGCCGGUAUUCCCGACCCACCUGGUCUACCCGAAAGCCUCUUGAAGGGUCGAGACCGAGAACGCAAAUUCGUUGCGCAGAUGCUCGAUGCUAAGAAGGUUGAGCCCUUCGAAAUCCCUGUCGGGAUCAAGGCGACUCUGCGAUCAUACCAGCAAGAUGGUGUCAACUGGCUUGCGUUCCUCAAUCGUUACAACCUUCAUGGCAUUCUUUGUGACGACAUGGGCCUCGGAAAGACCUUGCAAACCCUUUGCAUGGUGGCCAGUGACCAUCAUCUCCGCGCAGAGGAAUUUGCGAAGACCCAGGAUCCAAAUUUCCGCCGCCUACCUUCUCUCAUUGUCUGCCCUCCAACGCUCUCGGGCCAUUGGCAGCAGGAGAUUCGACAAUAUGCUCCGUUCCUACGUUCAGUCGCAUAUGUUGGAUCACCUUCCGUCCGCCAACAGUACAGAUCGCAAUUGAAUGAUGUCGACAUUGUCAUCACAUCUUAUGACAUUUGCCGUAACGAUAAUGACAUCUUGAAGCCAUUUGCGUGGAAUUACUGUGUUCUUGAUGAAGGCCACCUUAUCAAGAACUCAAAGUCCAAGACCAGUCAAAGUGUCAAGAACUUCCAGUCCAACCAUCGUUUGAUUCUUUCUGGUACUCCUAUUCAGAACAACGUGCUCGAGCUUUGGUCUCUCUUUGACUUCCUUAUGCCAGGCUUUUUGGGUUCAGAGAAAGUCUUCCAAGAGCGCUUUGCUAAGCCUAUCGCGGCGUCUCGCUUCGCCAAAUCGUCGUCCAAGGAACAAGAGAAGGGUGCGCUUGCAAUCGAAGCGCUCCACAAGCAAGUCUUGCCUUUCUUGCUUCGCAGACUCAAAGAAGAGGUCCUCGAUGACCUACCUCCAAAGAUCCUGCAGAAUUACUACUGUGAUCUUUCAGACCUCCAGAGGAAGCUGUUCGAAGACUUUACCAAGAAGGAAGGUAAAGAGAUACAGAACAAAGCCGGCGCUGCGGACCGUGAGAGUAAGCAGCAUAUUUUCCAGGCCCUGCAGUACAUGAAGAAGCUCUGCAAUUCUCCGGCAAUGGUCAUAAAGCCAACGCACAAGCAAUAUGACGCGACCCAACACUACCUAAAACAACACAACACAUCCCUUGAAGACAUCGCCCACGCUCCUAAGCUCGGGGCUCUGAAAGACUUGCUGGUUGACUGCGGCAUAGGCGCUGCCGAUGUCGAGAAAGACAAGAGUGCAAACUCAAACGGCGAUUUGCCCGAAGCAGUGUCCCAGCAUCGCGCUCUUGUAUUCUGUCAAAUGAAGGAAAUGCUAGACUUGGUGCAGACCAACGUUCUGCAGAAGAUGUUGCCUUCUGUGCAGUACAUGCGCCUUGAUGGCUCUGUGGAUGCCACCAAACGCCAGGACAUCGUCAACAAGUUCAACUCUGAUCCAUCCUACGAUGUCCUCCUGCUGACAACUUCUGUCGGUGGAUUGGGUCUUAAUUUGACCGGAGCCGAUACCGUCAUUUUUGUCGAGCAUGAUUGGAAUCCUCAAAAGGAUAUUCAGGCCAUGGACCGCGCGCAUCGCAUUGGUCAGAAGAAGGUUGUCAACGUCUACCGCAUCGUCACCCGCGGUACCCUCGAAGAGAAGAUUCUUAAUCUUCAACGAUUCAAGAUCGACGUUGCUUCUACUGUUGUCAAUCAACAGAACGCAGGUCUAGGUUCUAUGCAAACAGACCAGAUUCUCGACCUCUUCAAUGUAUCGGCCGACUCUGCUGAUCCUGCAGCUUUGCCUCCCCCACCAUCGAACGACAAUGGAACGGGCAUUGACGAAAAUGACGCUGUUGAUGCUACCGGUGCUGUGCGUGAAAAGGGACAGAAGGGCUUCCUCGACGAACUGGGUGAGCUCUGGGAUGAGAGACAAUACGAAGAAGAAUUUGACCUGGAAGGUUUCUUGGGCAAGAUGAAGAAAUGAGCCCCUGGGGUUGGAUGAGGUCUAUGUAAGAUGGUGCUUGACACUGGGGGAGGGGAGGGAAGCUCCCGACCUCGUUUGAUUCCAAUACAUAAUAGGGUGGCACAAUUACUGCUGCAAGUGCGCGGCAAGGCGUUUCUUGGUUGAUCUAUGGAAGGCAUUUGCAUACUUCCUCAUGCAUGCGCAAGUCAUGGCGAUGGUCUAGUUCAAGGUUCCCACAGUCACCGUGGGGGUUACCCUGGGUCCUAUAGCCAUAUUUUGAGCAGCUUGACAUUUGCUUUACUUAGCACGGCGUUGGAUGGACCGUCCACCUUCGACUCGAUCAUUGGUUUGUGUAGGGGGGAAGUCCCCUCACCAAAGUCUUUGACAUGUAUAGGUAGUUGAGUAGGAUUAGGUGCGAUAACCAUACUUUUUCCCAGUGACCUUCGUAAUAACGAACGAAGGCUGGCUUGGACACCACUCGAUAGAAAC